UGCGCUCUUGAAAUUUCGCUUUCGUUCACUCGCGGUUAUUAGUCGGCCGCGCGCGCUCCGGCAAGCAUGUGUUUUGUGUGACGCGCUCCACUACUUCCGCGCGGUACGUUCGAUUUCGUUGGCAAGUCGAUCGUGGUAUGGCUCCGCGACGGCAAGGCGCCACCGGCGAGCGCGAGGCGGAGGAUGCCCGCGGGUGCUGCGUACCUGGCGAGUGCCUUCGCCCCCGAGAACCGGUGCGCAUCGAAGACGCCGUUCGUGUGCUAUGCAACAAUGACACGUGCGCCGCCGGCCGGUAUAUGCACCGAGAGUGCUUCGAGCAAUGGGAAGGUGGGGUGCUCGCUUAUCUCAAAUCCUGCGGCAGGGCCCGCUCGUGGUCUGAACGUCAGAGACACCAGAAUUUAUGGACCAAGAAAGGGUAUGACCUGGCGUUCAAAGCAUGCGGUUGCCGCUGCGGCCGAGGGCACCUGAAGAAAGAUCUAGACUGGGCACCUCCGGGAGCCGCGAUCCGUGCUGAGGAGGAGAAGAAGCGUCGUCGCCGUACUCGGUCAGGACGCACGCCGGCAGCGGCCCCGGACGGCCGCUCGCGCGCCUUCAGCCUCUCCAGCUCAGGGUCCUGCUCGCCGCCAUCAGCUCCGUCAGAGCCGUCGACCAGCCCCACUCACGCUCCGCCGCACGCCGUCACACCUGCUAAGAAGAUAUCCAAACCUGAAAUUAUUUCAGACAGGAUAAGAUAUAACAAAAAACCUGUGAAGUGCGAGUUUGAUUUCCGCUCCGAGGGUUCCGUACUAAGAGCCGGCGCUGGCGCUAACGGAAUCUUCUCCCGAAGACUGGACUUUUCUACUUUCAACCUUCUUCCGAAGCACAAAGUCAACUCAUAUCAAAUCAAGAUUGAGGACGAGGGUAACCAUGGCAACGACGACACGCGCCUUUUCAUCUUGUCGACUCUCGCCGGGCAGCACAAGCCGCGGGUGUCGUGCGCGCUGUGCAAGGAGACCCUGCACGUGUUCGACCGCUACCCGCUCGUCGAUGGCACCUUCUUCUUGAGCCCGCGCCAGCACGACAGCGGCGCUGUCGAGGUUAAAGUGGAAGGUCGCACGCAGUACUUGACGUGCGUGUGCAUGGGUUGCUUGGAGCGCUGUGAUCCCGAUCGUACCAUCCGCUGCCGGUUCUGCGGCCAGAAGUGGGACGGCUCCUCGCUCGUGCUCGGCACCAUGUAUUCGUAUGACAUCUUCAUGGCCACGCCGUGCUGCUCUGAGAGACUGAAGUGCAACAACUGCUAUAAGGCACUGCUGAUACCGCACCAGCGGCUGAACUACUCUGAUUACUCGCACCCGGUGACGUGCCCGCACUGCCGCGUGCUCGACACUCACUUCGUGAAGCCGCUGAGCUACUGCUUCACAAAACGGGUUUUCCCGCUGUACCAGCAGUGGCCAUAACAGUCGGCGGUGCCGGGAGGUUCUCCCGGCACCCCCCCUGCCGCCGACGCGUGGGGGCUGGCCCCGUCGCCACCGCGCCGCGCCUCGCCGCCCGCUCUGCGCCCUGUCGUCAACACUAGCAUGGCCCGCGCACCCGAACCGCCUGUAGAAGAACCCGCGAAUAAGUACCUAUCUCCUUCCGUGUCGAGCAUCACCGAGUCGUUGUCCCUGUUGGGCGUGAGCCCCGAGACCCUGGCCAUCAGCCUGGGCGAGUCCCUGGCCGAGCGCUACCUGGCCGGGUUGCGGCCCAAGCCGGCCGAACGCCCGCUGGACCUGCUGGCGGGCUGCUUCCCGCGCCGCGCGCCGCUCGCCGAGCCCUCCCUGCAGCUCUUCUCCAACGACUUCAUCGACUACUUGAACCAGAUCGCUUAGACAGGCGGCUGGAACGGCGUGUGAUACGUGACUUAUGACGUGGCGACUAUUGGACUUCUCUGUGUUACGAAGGUGUUUUCUUAACUUUUAUUGCGUCCCAGUGACGCUAGAAAUAAUUUCUGUUAAAUUAAGUUGGUAUUAUUGAAAAUAAUUUUAUGUGUCAGUUUAGAUCGUACUAUUGAUUUUAUUUUAAUUUUAUUCUGCACUUUGUUGAUUAGAAGUUGAUUUUUAUAAAAAAAAAAUAAUUAGCGGUGUAGACGCCAGAAAUUGCA